CACCCGCUCGUUAAUUUUAUCUAUCUUUUUCUACUUACUGACGUAACGUAGUUGUUAAUUAUUGUCAAAAUGUCAAAGUUAAUGAGAAUGACAUUUGACACGACGAUGUAUUGAUAAAUAUGUCACAAUUAUAAGGGUCACUUUUUACAAAUCCCUCCCGUCUAGUCUAUUGAUAAUCCACAUGUCUCACGCUACAAUAAAAAUGAAUCCAAGUAGUGGUAUGUGUGAAAGUUUGAUAACUUGGUUCCAAAGUAUAGUGCCAAGUAGAGCUCGAAAUAUUGAAGAAAUAUGUGAUGGGGUUGCAAUGUUAGAAGCUUUAAUACAAAUAGCACCAGAACACUUUAGGAAAUUAGAACCAAAAAUUAAGAGAGAUGUUAGUUCAAGUUGGAGGCUGCGUGUCAGUAAUUUGAAAAAAAUUCUUGAAGCUGUUACUGAAUACUAUCAGGAUGUUCUCACUCUCCAACUGCUUGAAGAUGGGCGACCUGAUGUGACUGAAGUUGGGGCUAACAAUGAUCCUGUGCAAUUAUCCAAGCUUUUACGGUUAAUUUUAGGAUGUGCAAUAAACUGCGAGACAAAGCAAGAAUAUAUCACAAAAAUAAUGGACAUGGAAGAAUCCGUCCAGCAAAACAUAAAACAGGCAAUUGAGCAACUUGAUUUGGUGACUGGUGGACGUUCUGGAAGUCUUUUAAUCCUUGACAGUGAUACAAGAGUGUCUCAACUAGUUGGAGAGCUGGAGGUUGCAAAUGAAGCUAAAGAAACCUUGAGUCAACAGUGCCAACAAAUGGAAACUCAACUUCACAACCUCUUAGAAGAAAAUCAAGCUUUGCUUGCUGAAAAUCAAGCCCUCAAAGACAAAGAAAGUAAAAGUUCAGAUCUCAGAAAACAAAAUGAAGAACUUAAAGAGGAGCUUUUCAAGGCCGAAGUGAUGCGAGACGACUUCAAAGCGAAAAUCACCGAACAACAAAAGCAGAUUAAAGCAAAUCAAGAGAAAAUCGCCGAAUUGCAACUAGCUGCAAACGACACUUCGCGAUUGAAAGAUGAAGUAGAUGCUCUAUCAGAAUCAGCCGCUAAAGUCCAAAUACUUGAAGCGAAUUUAGCGUCAUAUAAGAAAAAAUUAGAAAAAUACGCCGACGCUAAGAAAACGCUCCAAAAACUAGAAGAAAAGAACAUGGAGUAUUUGCAAAAAAUCCUUGAACAUGAGGAGGAACUUGCGAAAGUUACAAGCUGGAAAAGCCAAUGUGAAACCUACAAGAAACAACUUAUGGAAAUGGAACAAAAACUGGACGAAGAGACGCAACGAGCCGACAAGGCCCAAUUCAAUUGUGAAAAACUUGAGAACAAGUUGGUCGCUCUUCAAGGCGAAAGAGAACGGAUAAUCCAAGAGCGAGACGUCCUUCGUGAGGAAAUGGAUGAACUGAAACUCGGCCAUCCGAAAAAGGAGACAGGAGCCGCCAUGGCGCAAGAACUCACCCCCACUGAAAUGAAAGAACGGCUCCGGUUCUUAGAAAAAGAAAAUAAAACCCUGCGCACUUCUCUACAAGAACACGAAGCGAAUCAAGCUCUUCUGGAGAGCGCCUUGGCCCGUGUUGAAAAACUCCAACAACAGAAACGUUCGGCGAACCAAACCAUUUUGAAACUGGAAGCACAGAUUGAAGAGUUGAAGAACAAGGUGUUAAGCGAUGACCCACAACACGCUGAUAGUUUGGUCAAGGAGUACAAACAGAAAAUUAUGACUCUGCAAGAGACUCUAACGGUGAAAGAAAAUGAACUUCAAACGGCACAAGCGAAGUACACGAGAAAUUUGGAGAAAGCGAGAGAAGUGGCACAACAACUGGAACCGAAAAGCAAUGGCGGAAUUGAUUCUUUGAAUAACACAAGACAUAUGAAGGAAAUGGAGGAGCGACUGAUGGCUGCUGCGUUUUAUAAAUUGGGAAUGACGUGUCACAGGGAGGCUAUUGAUGAGAGAUUAGCGGUUUUGAGUGCGGGGCAAGGACAGUCGUUUCUUGCAAGGCAAAGACAACCAACGCCCAGAAAACAAAUACAGAGAUUUAAGUCAAAAUGAUGGUUUUAACGCAAACUUACGUUGUACUAUUUAUCAUUCUGCUAUAUUUUAAUCAGUAUUUUAAUAUAUUGUUCGAGAGUAUUGAAA